UUGAAUGAAACCUUGUGGGUAGGUGAAGUGGAUCAUUGGUCUUUAAGGAUUCAACUAAUAUCUUUUACUGGAUGCAUCGGCGGUUACGCAUCCAUGUCAUCGAACUGGUUCGCAUGAACAUAAAAGGACACCACAUGUGACUUGGGUUUCAAUAACAUAAAUUUCAUGGCCCAACUACGGAUCUCCCUCUCUGCUGAAAGGUGCCAUAAAAAAUAGCUCACCUACAUAUAAGCCCAACAAAACAUACAUCCGAUACGUUUAAGUUCUUGCUGAUGUGUCACUCUCUCCUUGCACUAUUUACUGAUGUGGAAUCCUAUGUGGCAGCCUUAGGAGUGAUCCAAACACUACUUUAUAUAUAAAGAUGUAUGUAUAUCAGUAUAUAAGCUUUUAAUUAGUCUUCUUAUUAUUAAUGGUUAAGCAUUAAUUCUCCUUGCAUUACAUAUGCUAGGUUUUUUGGUAUUUUACCUUGACAUUAAUCCACGAUUGAACAUAUUGAUGUAGUAGAUCGAUUCAAGCAUUAACAAUACAUAUAUAUAGUCUAGAUUAGUGGGAAAUAAUAAAGUUUCUAUUAGAAAAGAGCCCUUAGGGGAAGGUAAGUGGGACGCAUGAAUAAAGGGGGUUUAUAUCACCCAACAAUAAAAAUCACCCAAAUAAAAUCAAUGUGCUUCCCUAUAAACAUUCUUCUUGUCAUUUUCCUCACAACCAUCUUCUACUUUGGCCAACUUUUUAUCUUUUGUUGCCGUAAAAAAGAAAUUCAAAUAUGCAAAUCUCCACUCACACAUUAUACAUUCUCUUUUUACAAUCCUUAGAAUGCCCUUUUUGCCGUCUUCCCCUUGUCCUCUUCCUGCUGUACUCCUGAUUCUCUUCCUUUCGGAAUUUCGUCGAAAUAUUCAACAACCCUAUAUUUUUAAUUAUAUUCUCAUGCAGAUUAAAUAAUAAGAAUAUAUCGCCCCUUUUCUUCCAUAUAUAACACAACAUACGUAACAUGACCCCAAACCCUAUAGCAACACACUCUCCACGACUCAUAUUAUACCGUGUACGUCAUGAGUUCAGUAGCAAGAGACCGAAAGGAACAAAUGGUAAUCCAGUCUUCAAUCGUGUUGCUUCAAGAAAGAUUCAGACAACUUCAGAGAACGCGAGAGUUAAGAGCUGAGCGAGAGCUCCUUAACCCUAAACCUAACCACCAAGACAACAAUAUCUUACAAUAUUACACCCAACCCGCGAGUUUUGAUUUCUUCCAGUUUCUACCUCUUAACUCUCAAACAUCCUCGUCACAGCAGCUCCUCUCCCUCUCCUUAUGCCCUAUCUCCACCUCUGAUUCCACUGAAAAGCCUAGCUUUUAUCAUCACUGGCCAAAUAAAGACGACAAGAAGAAGGUGGUUGGGACUGAUCGACACGACGAUGUUGAUACGUCUCUGCGUCUCUAAGUUCAUAAAGUUUCUCCUCAGUCUUUUUGCUUUUUAUUUAUACAAAUGUGUGUAUAACCCUUUCUGGUCGGUAUGCUCUUAUAAGGAGUCUUGUAUCUUUAGCGAAAAAAAGGCGUCUUGUAGGUGGUAAUGAUAUGUAUGUUCAAAUGCAAUCAUAUAUAGUAUUACAUGUUUCAGAGCUAA